AGAUGUUUUGGAGAAUAUGUCUGAAAUACAGCAACAACUCCAGAAAGAUUUAAAGAAAAAGACAAGUGCUGUGAACUUUUUCUCAUUUCAGUGCCUUGAAAAAUUUUUUUAUAUAAAUUAUCCUAUAUCAAUAAGCUUAUAUUUAACAGUUUUAGUAUUUCUAUGGUUAUAUGUUAUACAUUUUUCAGUAUUCCAUUCAUAUUGAUUAGUUAAUAACCAUAGGCAUUUUAUAGAAAUAGGAGUAGGAAUUCAUAAACAACUGUCCUCAUAGUGGGCUUAAUUUUCUGAUGAAAAUAUGGCAUUUAUAUGCUUUCAGCAUACAAUUUAAGAUUUCAUUUUAAGUCCAUUCUACUUCAGUGAAUAGUCAGGGGAAGGUAAUGUCUACUUUUCCAAAGAAUUGAAAGGUUCAUUACAUUUCUCAAUUUGUCACAAUUUUUAUUAGAAAUCCUAUUACUUUUUUCUUCUUUCUCAUUUGAUGAAUUGAUGAAAAUACAAAUUCAGUAGGCAAAUAUGAUAUGCAAUAUUUUUGAUAAUCUUAUUAGAGUAGGAAGCAAUAAAAUAAUGAGUGACAGGAACAUCACUGAGACCGCAAAGAAGAGUUCUAAAGUUCCUGUUGCUUCAGACAAUGGAUGAGCAAUCACAAGGAAUGCAAGGGCCGCCCAUUCCUCAGUUCCAACCACAGAAGGCCUUACGACCAGAUAUGGGCUAUAAUACAUUAGCCAACUUUCGAAUAGAAAAGAAAAUUGGUCGCGGACAAUUUAGUGAAGUUUAUAGAGCAGCCUGUCUCUUGGAUGGAGUACCAGUAGCUUUAAAAAAAGUGCAGAUAUUUGAUUUAAUGGAUGCCAAAGCACGUGCUGAUUGCAUCAAAGAAAUAGAUCUUCUUAAGCAACUCAACCAUCCAAAUGUAAUAAAAUAUUAUGCAUCAUUCAUUGAAGAUAAUGAACUAAACAUAGUUUUGGAACUAGCAGAUGCUGGUGACCUAUCCAGAAUGAUCAAGCAUUUUAAGAAGCAAAAGAGGCUAAUUCCUGAAAGAACUGUUUGGAAGUACUUUGUUCAGCUUUGCAGUGCAUUGGAACACAUGCAUUCUCGAAGAGUCAUGCAUAGAGAUAUAAAACCAGCUAAUGUGUUCAUUACAGCCACUGGGGUGGUAAAACUUGGAGAUCUUGGGCUUGGCCGGUUUUUCAGCUCAAAAACCACAGCUGCACAUUCUUUAGUUGGUACGCCUUAUUACAUGUCUCCAGAGAGAAUACAUGAAAAUGGAUACAACUUCAAAUCUGACAUCUGGUCUCUUGGCUGUCUACUAUAUGAGAUGGCUGCAUUACAGAGUCCUUUCUAUGGUGACAAAAUGAAUUUAUACUCACUGUGUAAGAAGAUAGAACAGUGUGACUACCCACCUCUUCCUUCAGAUCACUAUUCAGAAGAACUCCGACAGUUAGUUAAUAUGUGCAUCAACCCAGAUCCAGAGAAGCGACCAGACGUCGCCUAUGUUUAUGACGUAGCAAAGAGGAUGCAUGCGUGCACUGCAAGCAGCUAAACAUGCAAGAUCAUGAAGAGUGUAACCAAAGUAAUUGAAAGUAUUCUGUGCAAGUCAUACCUCCCCAUUUAUGUCUGGUGUUAAGAUUAAUAUUUCAGAGCUAGUGUGCUUUGAAUCCUUAACCAGUUUUCAUAUAAGCUUCAUUUUGUACCAGUCACCUAAAUCACCUCCUUGCAACCCCCAAAUGACUUUGGAAUAAUUGAAUUGCAUGUUAGGAGAGAAAAUGAAACAUGAUGGUUUUGAAUGGCUAAAGGUUUAUAGAAUUUCUUACACUUUUCUGCUGAUAAAUUGUGUUUAGAUAGACUGUCAGUGCCAAAUAUUUAAGGUGCAGCUUGGCACACAUCAGGAUAGGCUCAAAUCUGAGAAAAAGUAUCUGAACAUGUGACUUGUUUCUUUUUUAGUAAUUUAUGGACAUUGAGAUGAACACAAUUGUGAACUUUUGUGAUGAUUUUAUUUUUAAACCUUUGAAGUACUAGUUUUAGUUCUUAGCAGAGUAAUUUUCAAAUAUGAUUCUUAUGAUAAAUGUAGACACAAACUAUUUGAGAAACAUUUAAAACUCUUAGCUUAUACAUUCAAAAUGCAACUAUUAAAUGUGAAGAUUGGGGGACAAAAUGUGAGUCAGACACUGAAGAGUUUUUGUUUUGUUUUAAUAUUUUUGAUAUUCUCUUUGCAUCGAAAUGGUAUAAAUGAAUCCAUUUAAAAAGUGGUUAAGGAUUUGUUUGGCUGGUGUGAUAAUAAUUUUUAAAGUUGCACAUUGCCUAAGGCUUUUUUGUGUGUGUUUUUAUUAUUGUUUGUACAUUUGAAAAAUAUUCUUUGAAUAACCUUGCAGUACUAUAUUUCAAUUUCUUUAUAAAUUUAAGUGUAUUAUACUCAUGAUUGUACACUAUAAUAUAAGCCUAAGUUUUUAUUCAUAAGUUUUAUUGAAGUUCUGAUUGGUCCCCUUCAGAAAUUUUUUUAUAUUAUUAUUCAAGUUACUUUCUUAUUUAUAUUGUAUGUGCAUUUUAUCCAUUAAUGUUUCAUACUUUCUGAGAGUAUAAUACCCUUUUAAAAGAUAUUUGGUGUAUCAACACUUUUCCUGGAUUGAAAACUUUUUUUUUAACUUUUUAAAAUUUGGGCCACCCUGUAUGCAUGUGUUUGGUCAUGUUAAAGAGGAAGAAAGGAUGUGUGUUAUACUGUACCUGUGAAUGUUGAUACAGUUACAAUUCAUUUGACAAGGUUGUAAUUCUAGAAUAUGCUUAAUAAAAUGAAAACUGGCCAUGACUACAGCCAGAAUUGUUAUAAGAUUAACAUUUCUAUUGAGAAGCUUUUGAGUAAAGUACUGUAUUUGUUGAUGAAGAUGACUGAGAUGGUAACACUUGGUGUAGCUUAAGGAAAUGGGCAGAAUUUCGUAAAUGCUAUUGUGCAGAUGUGUUUUCCUUGAAUGUUUUCAUAUUAGGGGCGACCAGUUUCUCACAGAAUUGUGAAGCCUAAAGGCCAAGAGGAAGUCACUGUUAAAGGACUCUGUGCCACCUUACAACCUUGGAUGAAUUAUCCUGCCAACGCGAAAACCUCAUGUUCAAAGAACACUUCCCUUUAGCCGAUGUAACUGCUGGUUUUGUUUUUCAUAUGUGUUUUUCUUACACUCAUUUGAAUGCUUUCAAGUAUUUGUAAACUUAAAAAAUGUAUAAAGGGCAAAAAGUCUAAACUCUUGUUUUUUGAAAUCUAAUCAGUUAUGUAUGGUUUCUGAAGGGUAAUUUUAUUUUGGAAUAGGUAAAGGAAAUCUGUUGUUUGUUUGUUUUUUUCCUGAGGGCUAGAUGCAUUGUUUUUCUCACACUCUUAGUGACUUUUAACAUUUAUACUGAGCAUCCAUAGAUAUAUUCCUAGAAGUAUGAGAAGAAUUAUUCUUAUUGACCAUUAAUGUCAUGUUCAUUUUAAUGUAAUAUAAUUGGGAUGAAAUGUUCUCUGGUUGGAACAGAUACUCUUUUUUCUUGCAAUCUUUAAGAAUACAUGGAUCUGAAAUUGAUUAGCUUGACCCCUCAAAGUGACUAAGAUUUAAGCUUUUCUUCUCAAUGAAUGUAUCUGCUAGAAGGAAAUAGCUGGGAAGAAUUUAAUGAUCAGGGAAAUUCAUUAUUUCUACAUGUGGAAACUUUUUGCUUCAAAUAUUGUAUCUUUUUAAAUCUAAAUGUUCAUAUUUUUCCUGAAGAAACCACUGUGUAAAAAUCAAAUUUUAAUUUUGAAUGGAAUAAUUUCAAAGAAUUAUGAAGAUGAUUUGAAGCUCUAAUUUAUAUAGUCACCUGUAAAAUGUUCUUUAUAUGUGUUCAUAAGUAAAUUUUAUAUUGAUUAAGUUAAACUUUUGAAUUGAUUUGAGGAGCAGUAAAAUGAAAGCUAUAUCUAUUCUAAACCUUAUUUAGACAUUGGUACCAGUUACCCAGGUGAAAAUAUGGAGUAACUUUAUUUUGUGUGGUAAGGUUUAGGAAUGGUGGAUGAAGGGUAUCUCUAUAUAAAUAAAGUGCUCAACAAUGUGCAAUGAUUGUAAAUUUAGUAAGACAUUACAGCCAUUUCAUGAAUGCUUUACCAUUCAACAUAGUAUCUAUUACAAAACACCUUUCUUGUAUCCAUAUACUUCAGGUGUUGCUGUUAACAUUUACUAUGAUAUUUAUUUUAACCAAAAUGUUAUUCACAUUAAAUGUUUAUUCUUUAAAAUGAAUGUAUUAUGUUUUUAACCCACAAAUGCAUACUUACCCUAUGCCUCAUAUUUCAAUAGUACUGUAAUAUGGACAUCUUUUGUGAAAUACUUUUAUUUUGUUAUGCUUUAAAUAUACAUACAAAAAGAAUUUCUGUCAUUAGCUUUGAAAAUUGUACAAUAUCCUAAUAUAAACAAAAACAUAAAAAUAAAAAUGAAUACAGUAAAA